GUCAAAGCUGGUAGACUAUAAUAGUUGAGUUGCAACAUUUUACGUGACUAGUAUUUCUCAGAGGUGCUGUAAGUAAUCAGGAAAAUGGCAUCAGCUAUAACGGAAGACGUCCGAGCAAACAAUGAUCGAAGUGUGGUUGCAUCAUCAGUGGAACACGAGAGAUCAAGGUGCUGGUUUCAGAGAAGAUGUUCAUGGCGACCAACCUCUAAAAGUUUGCUGGAAGCAGCAGAAGCGAGAAUUUGGAAAUUUGUCAAGUCUCGUUAUGAGGGCAAGCAUGUGCCAGUGGAAAACAAUGAAAGGAUAUGGACCUUAAAGUUUAAUCCUAAUGCAACUAAAGUACCACUGGUGAUGAUUCACGGCUUUGGAGGAGGUGCUGGCCUGUGGGCACUGAACAUUGAUGCCUUAGCAAAACAUAGGACAGUGUAUGCAAUUGAUCUGUUAGGAUUUGGCCGCAGCUCACGACCACAGCUGAGUGGAGACCCGCAAGAAGCUGAAGAACAAUUUGUUACGUCUAUUGAACAAUGGCGGCAGGAAAUUGGGUUGGAAAAGUUUGUUCUCCUUGGGCACAGCUUUGGCGGCUUUCUGGCAAGUUCAUAUACAUUAAAACAUCCUUCCAGAGUUCAGCAUCUUAUCUUAGCAGACUCUUGGGGCUUUUCAGAGAAACCAGCAGAAUUACAGUACAAUAUUCCAACAUGGGUGAAGGUUGUGGCAACUCUUAUCCGCCCAUUUAAUCCGCUGGCAGGACUGCGAGCUGCAGGCCCGUGGGGACCAUCACUGGUGCAGAAAUUUAGGCCUGACCUUCAAGGGAAAUUUGCUAGUCUUCUAGAAGAUGACACCAUUUUCAACUACAUUUACCACUGCAAUGCUCAGAAACCAAGUGGUGAAACAGCUUUCAAGAAGAUGUCAGAGUUGUAUGGCUGGGCAAAAUUCCCCAUGAUUCACAGAAUUGGUGAAUUGGACAAAAAUAUUCCAAUGACAAUGAUCCAUGGCUCAGAGUCUUGGAUUGAUUGUUCACCCAGCUAUCAAAUUAAAAAUAGUCGCAGUGGUUAUGUUGAUGUACAAGUGAUUGUUGAUGCUGGACACCAUGUUUAUGCAGAUCAGCCAGAGGCAUUUAACGUGGCUGUAAAUAAAAUUUGUCGCAAAGAGGAUAAACUACUUUAUGUGACCAUUGACUGAACUAAAACUCGCAGCUUUUAAGCAUGUAAAGAAAUAGGGACAUUAUUGAGGUAUCAGUUUAUAUAUCUUUACUGAUUGAACAAUAAUCAGGUCAUUUCUAUUUCAAGCUGACUUGAUCAGUGUUGAAUUUUUUGUGUCUAAAAACAUAACACUAAGGUAAGCUUAGAAACAUAUCUAUUGAUCUUAUUUUGACAUUCAUUCAUUCCAAUCUAUUGGCUGGAAAAUCAUUGGAUAUUCUAAGGGGAAUGAGGGUU